AUCAUUUAACAAUAUAUCUGGCAGCUUCUCAACUGCUGGCAUGAAUCGUAUUGAAUAUCUUGAUAUAUCAAGCAAUCGAAUUACGAAAUUUUAUACUAAUGACUCAUUAAAUCUAAUUAAUCUCAAAUAUCUCGAUAUAUCCAACAAUCUCAUUAAUCAAUCUAUUCAUGAAUAUUUUAUCAAUGGUCGCCUAUUACACUUAAAUAUGUCCUUGAAUCAAAAUCUUACAGGCGAUAUAUACCAUUCGUAUCUUAAUUUUAAGGCUUUGAAGACGUUGGACGUGUCUAAGACCAUGUUGUCUAAAAGUCUGAAUCCGAUACGGCAUCCAGAACUUAAGAAGAUAAACAUUUCAAAUAGCCUUAUAAUUAUGGAUGUAGAUUAUGAUUACAGUAAAAAAGGCUUAGAACUUGUCGAAAACAUGGAUGGAUCCUAUUGUUACAUAAAUAUUAGUGAUUUUAACUUAUCUAAUUUACGCGUUUUAAAUCUUUCCAAUUUGGAUCCUCGAUCUAGUAUUUCUUCUAUCAUACCAAAUAAAUAUUUGCAUACACUGGAUAUAUCAAACAGCUACUGUGUUAAUAAGCUAUUAGAGUAUCGUGAAACCAUUAAAACACUUAAAUGCUCUAAUGCUACUAAGGCCGAAAGGAUUAGUGAUAUAGCAGACUUAAAGACAAUUGAAUAUCUUGACGCUUCCAUAAACUCCUUACGUUAUAUCGAUGAAAUCCGUGACGCAAUCAAGUUAAAGCAUCUAAAUUUGUCUGGUAACCUUAUCGAGAACAACUUGUCGGCAAUUUCAAAAAAUGAAGGCAGUUUCGAAGCAUUAGAUCUAUCGCACAAUAAAUUUUUUGGGAACAUUUCGGAGGAGUUUGUUUCUAAAAAUAACAAACUGCAACUUCUUAAUAUAUCACAUAAUAAUCUUUCUGGAGAUAUCACUGCAUUGUCUAAGCUUCAAGAUAUUAAAUAUCUUGAUUUAUCGUAUAAUAAUUUCAACAGUAGUACAAUCAGUGUGAUCAAAUUAGACAAUCUGAAAUAUUUAAAUCUAUCUAAUAAUCAUAUGUUCGGCAAUCUAUUGAGUAUUAUUGUAUCCAGUUCUCUGGACACACUGGAUUUGUCAAAAAACUAUUUUGGUGAUAAAAUUGAUCUCAGCUUAUUCAAAAACCUUAAACACCUUGAUAUAUCUUAUAACAAAUUCAAAGAAGGGGAUGUUUUUCCUUCCAUCGUAGAUAUGAAAUUUGAAUAUCUUGAUUUAUCGUAUAAUAAUUUCAACAGUAGUACAAUCAGUGUGAUCAAAUUAGACAAUCUGAAAUAUUUAAAUCUAUCUAAUAAUCAUAUGUUCGGCAAUCUAUUGAGUAUUAUUGUAUCCAGUUCUCUGGACACACUGGACUUAUCAUCUAAUCGUUUUAGUGGAUUAAUUCCAUUGAAUCUUUUAGAAUCUAACAUUAGGUUUCUCAAUUUGUCAAACAACGAGUUUACAGGAUAUAUUUCAUACAUAAUAUACAAAAGCAAAACCAUAGAAUACAUUGAUUUCUCUAAUAAUCAACUUGUUGGCCGUAUUCCUAAUUUUGCAGCUAUCAAUAGCUUGGUAUAUUUAAAUUUGUCUCAUAAUCAAUUAGAUGGUAGCCUCCCUGUUCAAACAGCAAACGCAAGCUUACAUACACUGGAUUUAUCAUACAACAAACUUACUGGAAAAAUUAAUCUUUCUUAUAGUAGUCUUAAGUAUCUCAAUUUGUCAAAUAAUGAAUUUAAUGGGAAAAUAAACCCUACCUUGUUUGACAUACCGAAUCUUGAGUUCAUAGACUUAUCUAAUAACCAAAUUCGUUCUGGUGAUAAUGAUAUCAAAAUUAAAACAAUUCAAACAAAGCUGAAAUAUUUUGAUGUUUCAUGCAAUUACCUUACAUCAAGUGUCCUGAUUAGUCAAUUUGAAAAUAUUGAUUAUUACAACGCAUCUUAUAAUCGUUUGAAUUUUUAUACUGAUAGAUUCAAAAGCCCAUCCAUUAGAACAUUAGAUGUAUCGCAUAAUGCUCUGAGAGGUCAGGUAUAUAACAUAGGUAACACCCCUCAUUUAGAAUAUUUAGACUUAUCACAUAAUUCGAUAGAUUAUAUUGCCCUAAGGAGUUCUUAUCCUACUAAGCUGAUAACAUUAAAUCUUUCAGGGAUAUCUCGUAUUUCGUUUGAUGAUGCGUAUAAGUAUACAACUAUAAAACAUCUUAACAUAUCAGGUUGUAAUAUUGAAGGCGGUCGUCAUUUAAUGAAUUUCUUGGUAUCUAAAAUUAUUGAAUCUAUCGACUUUUCUUCUAGCAAAACAGGUAAAGAAAUUCCUCAUAUUAGUGCUCCUCGUUUGAAAUAUUUGAACAUUUCCAAUUCAUUUAACGGCUAUGUACCUAAUGAUGGGCGUUUCUUUUAUAUGGUGGAUAUAAUCACACUGGAUAUAUCAAAUAAUAAUAUUGACGUAUUAUAUGAUGAUUUAAAAAUUAACAGAUUUAAGAAGCUCGAAUACCUUGAUAUAUCCAAAAAUCCUAUUAAAGGGAGGGCCUAUGUGGAGAAUCCAAAAAUUGAACACUUUGAUGCUUCAUCAACUCGUUUGCAGAGUAUUAAUAUUUCUCAGCCUUCCAUACAAUAUUUAAAUUUGAGCAAAUCCAGUAUAGCAACUAAUUUUGAUAUUAAUAGGACCGCUAUUAGGAUACUAGACAUCUCGUCGAUGAGUAAUACGCUCAAUUUUAAAGUGUUUGAGCUGCUUAAUUCUUUUAAAAAUAUUGUAUUUUUCAAUGCAUCAGGCAACAAGAUACUUGAAAAUGCCAUCUUACUAGAUAGUCAUACGUACCUCAAUACAUUCGACAUCUCGUCCUGCAGACUUGAUGCAAUCAUCUCUUUUAUGGGAAAUCUUCCAAACCUCUCCAUUCUAAACGUUUCAAACAACAAACUUACCUCUAAUAAUGCCCAACGUUUAUCUCGUUUUACGAAUCUCACUAUUGUAGAUCUCUCAAAUAACAGACUUGAUGGACCUAUCCCCCAAUUUAAUAAGCUUAAAAAUAUUAAAAUCAUUCAAAUUUCAGAGAAUAACUUUUAUGGUUUCGUUCCUUCUUUUUUUGGUCUUGAUAAACUUACAUUUGUUGAUUUAUCCAGGAACAAUCUCUCUGGCUCCUAUAAAUUUGUUUAUAACCAUCCUAACUUGACAUAUUUUGACAUUCACGAUAACAAAGUAGAUGUCUGUAAUAUAGAUUUUUAUGACACCGUUUAUACAAAAACAAAUGUCUUUUCAGGCAAAUGCAAGGUUCCUGUGUUUGCUAACGGAUCGUGCAAUUACAGAAAAAACGGUCCCUGUGAAUAUGUCCCAUUCGGUCGUUGGACAUACUCUGAUGACUGAUGUAAAUCUUAUCAUUCAUCCUGCAUUAUAUAUACUUGAUCUGAAAGAAACCCAAGAUACAUACAGACCGUUUCAGAAUUAAUAAAUAUCAAUCAUGGCUCUUUAGACAAUUUUUUUUUAACAAAAAAAAAAAAAAAAAGUA